AUGAGGGAGAGCAGGGUAUGGUGGCAGCAGCCCACCUGUGGCAGCUUCCUGAGUGGUAUCCCGCCCACACUCUGUGCUCUCCCCACCUCUGAGCUGCUGCGGGCUUCACGGCCUACAGGUGCCCCCUCUCCGCCACUGCUGGCUCCCGGGGCCUGGGGUGAGGGUGCAGCUUCCCUAGGGAAGGCUGGAGCAGAGCGGGAGAAGUGGCCAGUGGGAGCCUCUCACACUGAGCCUGGGCAGAUGCCCCAGAAGCAACAGGGCCCAUCACUGGAUCUUCGGGCCACGUUGGUGGAGGAGGGAGAAAAACUGUCCUUCCCACCUCCCAGAGAAAGAAGACUGAGGCUUAUAGAGGGGAUGUGGGCCUGGGGAUGCCACCCCGUUGGACUUUGGGGCUGCUGGGCUAGGCCUGGCUGCUACCUUCCCAGGCCAGUUCAGAAAGCCCUUGGCGUCAGUGAGAGUGUGUGGUGGUUUGACGAGACCUGGUACCCUGAGCAAUGGGUGACAGAGGAGGCGGGGCUCCAACAGGGCCCCCUGAAGGCUGCAGGUAACCAUCAGUCCCCGGCCUCCAGAUUCCCCAAAUCUUGGGGCCCAGCUGGGCCCCAGGUCAAGGGCCUGGAUGUCUCAGGGGCCCAUCCAGCAGGGCUGCUUGACUGUCCACGUCUGACCCCUCCCAGCUACUCCCCACCGUCCACUCCGCGCAGCUUCUUUCGGGGGCUCUUCCCUCGCUGUCAGGCAUUUCUCACUGGCAGAGGCUUACUACAGGCAGCUCUUCCCAGCCACCUUCCUGGCCUCCACUUGGUUCCCAGGAAACACAUGGCGCCAGUUUCCAACUGCUCCCUCCCCAGGCCUCACUCCCCUCAGGCAGCUCCAGCCCACCCCGGACUUCAGACUUCUCUAGCCCAUGCAGCCACCAAGCAUUGUAUGGGUGUAAAAAGGAGGAAGUGGCAGUGUGUACAAAGGCCAGUGGGGGCAUGGCAGGGCCGGGGCCAGCUGGCAGGCCUGGACCGUGGCUCACAGCCAGAGCCACCCAGAGAAGGGAGCAGGUGGGCCGCCCCUGAGCACGGCCCGGCACCCAGGCCUCCCGCACGCUGCCUUCAGGUUGAGUGCAGGGACUUCACGGCCCACACGGGCUACGAGGUGCUGCUGCAGCGGCUGCUGGAUGGCAGGAAGACGUGCAAGGACGUGGAGGAGCUGCUGAGGCAGAGGGCCCAAGCAGAGGAACGGUAUGGGAAGGACCUGGUGCAAAUCGCCCGGAAGGCAGGCGGCCAGACAGAGAUCAACUCCCUGAGGGCCUCCUUUGACUCUCUGAAGCAGCAAAUGGAGAAUGUGGGCAGCUCCCACAUCCAGCUGGCCCUGGCCCUGCGUGAGGAGUUGCGGAGCCUGGAGGAGUUUCGUGAGAGGCAGAAGGAGCAGAGGAGGAAGUAUGAGGCCAUCAUGGACCGUGUCCAGAAGAGCAAGCUGUUGCUCCACAAGAAGGCCAUGGAGUCCAAGAAGACAUAUGAGCAGAAGUGCCGAGAUGCAGACGACGCCGAGCAGGCCUUCGAGCGCAUUAGCGCCAAUGGUCAACAGAAGCAGGUGGAGAAGAGCCAGAACAAAGCCAAGCAGUGCAAGGACUCAGCCAUGGAGGCAGAGCGAGUGUACAGGCAGAACAUCGAGCAGCUGGAGAAGGUGCGGGGCGAGUGGGAGCAGGAGCACCGGGCCACCUGUGAGGCCUUUCAGCUGCAAGAGUUUGACCGGCUGACCAUCCUCCGCAACGCCCUGUGGGUGCACUGCAACCAGCUCUCCAUGCAGUGCGUCAAGGAUGACGAGCUCUACGAAGAGGUGCGAGUGACGCUAGAAGGCUGCAGCGUGGACGCCGACAUAGACAGCUUCAUCCAGGCCAAGAGCACGGGCACUGAGCCCCCAGCUCCAGUGCCCUACCAGAACUACUAUGAUCGGGAGGUUGCCCCGUUGUCCAGCAGCCCUGGCGUUCAGCCGUCCUGUGGCAUGAUAAAGAGGUUCUCUGGACUGCUGCAUGGAAGUCCCAAAACAACAUCGUCAGCAGCUUCUGCGGCCUCCACAGAGACCCUGACUCCCACCUCUGAUCGGAAUGAGGGUGUCUAUGCCGCCAUCGCUGUGCAGGAGGCGCCAGGACCCCACACCCUGCCAGCCCAGGAUUACAGGGCGCUCUAUGACUACACAGCUCAGAAUUCCGACGAGCUGAACAUCUCUGCAGGGGACAUCCUGGAGGUCAUCCAGGAAGGGGAGGAUGGCUGGUGGACAGUGCAACGCAACGGGCAGCGUGGCUUUGUCCCUGGCUCCUACCUGGAGAAGCUUUAAGAAGGGGCAGUAGCCCCCGCCUGGACCUGUCCUGUCCACGGGGCCAGCAGUGCCCCCACCCCUGCCCUGGCCUCGCAGUGGCCUCAAGACAGAGCCUGCCCUCAGGAAAGGUACCGGCUGCUCCCGAGCAGUC